AUGUUGAAAGUGGGCGACGGAAACCUCAGUUUUUGGUCUACUAAAGUAUCGGACAUAAAUGGAACGUGCAGGCCGGUGAAUAACGUGGUAUUUAUUAAAACUCACAAGACGGGGAGUACGACACUUGCCACCAUCAUUGAAAGAUACGGAUAUAUCAACAAUUUGUCAUUCGUGCUCAAUCCGCAUAGUCAUAUUUUGACUGACAAGCUUUUCAAUAGAAACAUGGCUUACAAAUCACCUCCGCCACUGGACUUCAAAGAAAAUCAUAAACUUCAAUUUAACAUAAUUACAAAUCACGCGCGUUACUCCAGAAUCGAGAUGGAGUCGGUGAUUCAAAGUGGGGCCAAGUACAUCACCAUUAUUCGCUAUCCAGUCACAAAUCUUGAAUCGGCAUUUGGAUAUUUUAGAUUGGCUGAGAGAUUGGAUUUAACACACAACAAGAAUCCGUUUUAUACUUUUGUGAAUGAAAUUGAUAAGUACUCCACAGAAAGCUUCUUUCGACGACCUUACAUCCGAAAUGGCCAAAUGUAUGACCUGGGACUAAAUCCCGAAAAUCAAAAAAGUGUAGCUUCCAUACAAAAGAAAAUAAAGGAUCUAUCGCGCGAGUUUGAUCUGGUGCUGAUACAUGAGUAUUAUGACGAAUCCUUGGUUUUGCUCAAAAAUCUGAUGUGCUGGCAUUUCAAUGAUAUUGUGUACAUUCCAAAAGGAAUAAGAAGUAAACAAUUCCGGUAUAACAUUGACAAUUCUUUCGAAAUGAAAAUAAAAAGAUGGAGUCUUGCAGAUUUUUUACUGUACGAGCACUUCAAUAGGACUUUCUGGAAGAAAAUCCAAACGUAUGGACAGACAUUUUACAAUGAUUUGCAUCGUUUCAGACAAAAACAACACAAUGUAACCAUGACAUGUAUUGAGGAGGGUGCUGUUGAUACCUUUGACGCCAGAGAAGAAAAGUGGGUUCUUGUUGCCAAUGCAACAGAAUUUUGUCGACUGCUUCGUUUGGAAGACACACAGUAUUGGAAAUUACUUGCACAAAGGCAGAUGAUAGCAGCAUUGCACAGAAUGAAUUUUAAUUUCACCCUAAAUUGA